AUGUGGCCUUUUGACACUGUGCUUUGCUUCACGGACUUGGCCUUCCACACUUCUUGGCCGUUCAUGCUUUCUUUCCCCAAACAUCUACAGCGCCACAAAAGCUGUUCAUUUCCAGCAAGACAAUUCUUGAUUCUUAACAUGAUGCAGAAUAAGUCUGAUGAUAUACACGACGACAACUCCGACCUCCUCGAACCUUUCGUCGAAACAGAGUUGGUCAAUGCCGAUUUAUUUGGAGAGUGGCUUCAACAAGAACUUGGCGAUGGGAAAGAUCAGCAGGGCAUCAUCUCAAAGGUAGCAGCGGCGCUCGGUGUAUUUAAGAAAACACUACAGUCGCUUUCUCUCGAGAGUACCCUGCCAAAUCCCAGGUUAUGGAACAUGCAAGUCGAUGCAGUCAAUGGUAACGAUUUGAGGGUCAUCGUUACUAUACCAGGGUCGUCGGAGAAGAUCGAAGUUGUUGCCAAGGAUCAAGACGAACUGCAGUUUCUCAAAGGCGAUAAAUGUCUCGGAUACAUGUCCAAAGUGUGGCAUGGACUUGCUCAAUCGCUCGAUAGACUGACCAUCUACGCACAAAGAUGCAAGGAACUGAAGGCCCAAGAAGCGGAAUUGAUGCAUCCUGCAGAAGCUACAGUGCAGAAGCACAUCAAUCUGCUCAAGGAGUACAACGACAUGAAAGACAUUGGACAGCAAGUCAUCGGCCUUAUCGCAGAAAACAAGGGCGUUCAAAUCGGGAAGCUCUACGAGAAUGGGGACUACGGGGUCACGGCGGACGACUGA